AUGGAGGAUAGGCGAUGCCCUGUUUGCAGAAGUGAUGUUUAUCUCAAUCCUGACAUAGUGCUGUAUGUUAGCCCGUGUUUUCACAAGAUGUGUGAAUCGUGCAUUUUCAGGAUAUUCAGUAAAGGACAGGCGCCAUGUCCUGAAUGUGGAACAAUGCUUCGUAAAGUAAACUACAUCAAGCCGACAUUUGAAGAUAUAGCUGUGGAGAAGGAGUGUAAGAUUCGCAGGGCACUCCAGAGAGCAUUUUUACGGGACGAAGAUGAGUUCCAUGGGGAUGCCGAGAAGUACAACGACUAUCUUGAGGCUUUUGAGGAACUUGUGUUUGAGGUGCUUGGAUUUAAGAGCGAGAUGCUUGUGAAGGAUCGAAUAAAGGAGAUACAGACAAUGGGUUCUAACUGUAUUUUGAAUCCUUUAGAAAAGGUGGUUUUAGGAAAAGCCAAGGAAUGGAAGGAUGUAAAGCAGCAGAAUGUAGACGUUGGAGAAGAUGCAAAGCACAAGAUACAGAAGGUUGGGCUCUUUAGCGAUUACUUUGACCCAUCAGAGCUUAAGGAUGUGAUUGUGAAGCGGAAAGAGGGUGUAUGCUUUCCUGAUGGAGUUUUCCGAUUGAAUACCGCAAGUGGAGUAACAAGUGAUUUAAUUGCUUCGUUUGCAGUGUACUCUCUGGAUGAGCUUAAGAUUUGA